CAUCUGUGCCUGAGCAGCCCGAGCAGCAGCUGGGUCAGGAGGCCACCGGAGCACGGGCCACCCUUCCCCGGGGGCUUCGGAAUGGACUUGUGCCACCCAGACCCAGGCGAGCUGAGCAGCGGGGAGGCGGAGGAGCUGCAGCAGAUCAAAUGGCAUCGGAAGCAGCUUCUGGAGGACAUCCAGAAGCUGAAGGACGAGAUCGCAGAUGUGUUUGCCCAAAUCGACUGCUUUGAGACGGCAGAGGAGAGCCGCAUGGCCCAGAAGGAGAAGGAGCUGUGUAUCGGGCGCAAGAAGUUCAACAUGGACCCUGUGAAGGGCAUCCAGUAUCUCACUGAGCACAACCUGCUGACCUCUGACGUCCAGGACAUUGCCCAGUUCUUGUACAAGGGCGAGGGCCUCAACAAGACGGCCAUUGGCAUCUACUUGGGGGAGAGAGACCCCAUCAACCUGCAGGUCCUCCAGGCCUUCGUAGAUUGCCACGAGUUCGCCAACCUCAACCUUGUCCAGGCCCUCAGGCAAUUCCUGUGGAGCUUCCGGCUGCCAGGCGAGGCCCAGAAGAUUGACCGCAUGAUGGAGACCUUUGCUACCCGAUACUGCCUCUGCAACCCCGGCGUCUUCCAAUCCACAGACACCUGCUACGUCCUGUCCUUCUCCAUCAUCAUGCUCAACACCAGCCUCCACAACCCCAAUGUCCGGGACAGGCCGCCCUUCGAGCGCUUUGUGUCCAUGAACCGUGGCAUCAACGACGGCAGUGACCUGCCUGAGGAGCAGCUGCGGAACCUCUUCGACAGCAUCAAGAGUGAGCCCUUCUCCAUCCCUGAGGACGACGGCAACGACCUCACCCACACCUUCUUCAACCCUGACCGCGAGGGCUGGCUGCUCAAGCUAGGUGGCCGCGUGAAGACAUGGAAGCGGCGCUGGUUCAUCCUGACAGACAGCUGCCUCUACUACUUUGAGUUCACCACUGACAAGGAGCCCCGGGGAAUCAUACCCCUCGAGAACCUCUCAGUGCAGAAGGUGGACGACCCCAAGAAGCCAUUCUGCCUGGAGCUCUACAACCCCAGCUGCCGGGGCCAGAAGAUAAAGGCCUGCAAGACAGAUGGCGACGGCAAAGUGGUGGAGGGCAAGCACGAGUCCUACCGGAUCUCGGCCUCCAGCGCCGAGGAGCGGGACCAAUGGAUAGAGGCCAUUCGAGCCAGCAUCACCCGUGUCCCCUUCUAUGACCUGGUCUCUGCUCGGAAGAAGAAGAUUGCCAGCAAGCAGUGAGCUUCCUGGGAGGCAGUGCCCGGUGACCUGGGAACCCCGUGACCUGUGGUACCUGGAGACCUACCUCCCACCUCUGGGCACCCUUUCCAGCCCGUAGACAUCCUCCCUCAACCCCCUUCACUUCAAGCUGACAGCAGCAGGGGGGAGGAAGGGCUCAAGAAAGAUGGUAGGUGAGAACCACUGAGGGCUCAGAGCCCAACCAUGCGGCCACUGGCCCUGGGCACCCAGGAAAGGCCCCGCCCCACCCCACGUCCACCGCAGUAAGGGGUAAGGAAAGCAGCCCAGAACCCGGCACCCUGCACUCUCUCUGGGCCUCAGUUUCCUCUUCUCUCACAUGUCUCCUUGCCCUCUGAAAUGCCAUCAGCCCUCAAAGCAGGAGAGGCCUGUGUGCUUCCUACCCUCCACCGUCUCAGUCCCAGCCCCGUCUCCAACUUGCCGUGUGCCCUUGGCCAAGUCACACUCUUUCUCUGGUUCUUGGAAAACUGCGGUGCUUGAGUAGGAAUAUCUCAGCCCUUCUGGCUCUGUGCACUCCCCCACAACCUGCCAGCAAUGGCCCUGUAGGUCCCAGCAGGGUGUGAGCUGGCCACCUCUCUCCUCUGAGAAUGCUUCUUCUCGAGAGAAGGACGGGAUUGUACCAGGUCUCCUAAGGAGCUUCUGGCUGGAGAUGUCUGCAUUAUUUACUGAGCUGGAGGGGGCUCUGGCUGAAGGCUGCUGGGAGGCAGAGAGCAGAGUGGACUCCGUCCUCAAGGAUGUCCAUUUUAGAGCAGGGGCAGGUGGGACUCCUUAAGAAAACGGCAGAGAGCAUCCCAGACAGAUGUACUCAAGAGGAACUGGCGAUACUACCAAGAAGAGAGCUUUGUGAGCUGUGGUUACCAAGAGGGCUGCCUGGAGGCAGCGGCCAUGCCAGUGACUGACACAGAAGCUUGUGGCAGAGUCUCAGCUACAGCUUCCCUGCUGGACCACUGCCCAGGGCUCCCAUGGCGGUGAGUGGGGUCCCAGCAUCCUGAGACCCUCUGGAGUAGCACCAUCAAGAGUGGAGCUGACUUCCCAGCCCACAGGCAGGAAGCUCUGUCUCCAGGGAGGCCCCAGCCUGGAGGAGGACCCACGAACCGGUUUCUUCUUAGUAGCACUUCUCACCCCGUCGCACAGGCCCUGGGGGAGUCCCUGGAGGGAAGUUCCCUGGCAAGAAAGCAGGAUAUGGGGUUACCUCUGCCCCACUGCCAGCCUGCGUGGGUGAGCCGGAGCAAGGUGGAUUCCCCUGGGGAGGGGAGGCAACCUCUCCUCCCCUCCACACACACACACACACACACACACACACACACGCACACGCACGCACGCACGCACGCACGCACUCUCCAGGGGGUCAGGAUAGAUUAGCUGCCUUGUGGGUGGUGAGACCCCUGACUCUGGAGGUGUGCAAGCACCUGGUAAUGAUAUUGCACCGAGGAGGAUCUGGUUGGCCUUCUGCAGGAAGAAGCCUUACAAGAGGUUUGAGGCCUUCUGCAGACUCCAUGUCAGCCUGGGAGCUGGGUGCCACCUAUGCUGCCUCAUGUGACCGCUGAAAGAACAGCCAGUGGUCAUGGGCUCUGAGGUCCUCUCCUGCCACUGGUGUACACUGGCUGUGUGAUAUUAGUCCACUCUCUUCCCCUCUCUGGUCCUCAGCUUCCUCCCCCAUCACUGAGAGGGUGGAAUGGGGGAUCUUCUGGGCAUGAGAGGCUGUUCUGGGAAUCACUCAGAAUAGAGAAUAAAGCUCAUGAUUCAA